UCUGCCUCUAGUGAGUGCGCGAACGAGAAAGGAGGAGGGCGCUCCAGGCGAAAGCACUGCAGACGCCAUUAUUCCCUGUUUCUCUGCUGCUGCAACCUCGACGUCUUGCCUACGUCCCGCUUUUUUGCGGCCUAUAGGCUACUGCAGCACUAGGGUGUCAGUUGGUCCCGCCCAGAACACUUCAGUUCUGCUCUGCAAGGAUAUAUAAUACCUGAUUGGUGUGUCCAUUUAAUUCAAGAAAAUGGAAACUGAACAGCCAGAGGAAACCUUCCCCAACACUGAAACCAAUGGUGAAUUUGGUAAACGCCCUGCAGAAGAUAUGGAAGAGGAGCAAGCUUUUAAAAGAUCUAGAAACACUGAUGAGAUGGUUGAACUACGCAUUCUGCUUCAGAGCAAGAAUGCUGGGGCAGUGAUUGGAAAAGGAGGCAAGAAUAUUAAGGCUCUCCGUACAGACUACAAUGCCAGUGUUUCAGUCCCAGACAGCAGUGGCCCCGAGCGCAUAUUGAGUAUCAGUGCUGAUAUUGAAACAAUUGGAGAAAUUCUGAAGAAAAUCAUCCCUACCUUGGAAGAGGGCCUGCAGUUGCCAUCACCCACUGCAACCAGCCAGCUCCCGCUCGAAUCUGAUGCUGUGGAAUGCUUAAAUUACCAACACUAUAAAGGAAGCGACUUUGACUGCGAGUUGAGACUGUUGAUUCAUCAGAGUCUGGCAGGAGGCAUUAUUGGGGUCAAAGGUGCUAAAAUCAAAGAACUUCGAGAGAACACACAGACAACAAUCAAGCUUUUCCAGGAAUGCUGUCCUCAUUCCACUGACAGAGUCGUUCUUAUUGGAGGAAAACCUGAUAGGGUUGUAGAGUGCAUCAAGAUCAUCCUUGAUCUUAUUUCGGAGUCUCCCAUCAAAGGACGUGCACAGCCUUACGAUCCCAAUUUUUACGAUGAAACCUACGAUUAUGGUGGUUUUACAAUGAUGUUUGAUGACCGCCGUGGACGUCCUGUGGGAUUUCCCAUGCGGGGGAGAGGCGGUUUUGAUAGAAUGCCUCCUGGUCGGGGUGGGCGUCCUAUGCCUCCAUCUAGAAGAGAUUAUGACGACAUGAGCCCUCGUCGAGGACCUCCUCCACCGCCUCCUGGACGAGGUGGCCGGGGUGGUAGCAGAGCUCGGAAUCUUCCUCUUCCUCCUCCACCGCCACCUAGAGGAGGAGAUCUAAUGGCCUAUGACAGAAGAGGAAGACCUGGAGACCGCUAUGACGGCAUGGUUGGUUUCAGUGCUGAUGAAACUUGGGACUCUGCAAUAGAUACAUGGAGCCCAUCAGAAUGGCAAAUGGCAUAUGAACCACAGGGUGGCUCCGGAUAUGAUUAUUCCUAUGCAGGGGGUCGUGGCUCAUACGGUGAUCUUGGUGGACCUAUUAUUACUACACAAGUAACUAUUCCCAAAGAUUUGGCUGGAUCUAUUAUUGGCAAAGGUGGUCAGCGGAUUAAACAAAUCCGUCAUGAGUCAGGAGCUUCGAUCAAAAUUGAUGAACCUUUAGAAGGGUCUGAAGAUCGGAUCAUUACCAUUACAGGAACACAGGACCAGAUACAGAAUGCACAGUAUUUGCUGCAGAACAGUGUGAAGCAGUAUGCAGAUGUUGAAGGAUUCUAAUGCAAGAUAUUUUUUCUUUUUUAUAGUGUGAAGCAGUAUUCUGGAAAGUUUUUCUAAGACUAGUGAAGAACUGAAGGAGUCCUGCAUCUUUUUUUUUUUAUCUGCUUCUGUUUAAAAAGCCAACAUUCCUCUGCUUCAUAGGUGUUCUGCAUUUGAGGUGUAGUGAAAUCUUUGCUGUUCACCAGAUGUAAUGUUUUAGUUCCUUACAAACAGGGUGGGGGGGGGGAAGGGCGUGCAAAAACUAACAUUGAAAUUUUGAAACAGCAGCAGAGUGAGUGAAUUUUAAUUUUUGUUCAUUGUUGGUGGUUUAAAGGAAAAAUAUUCCCCCCAUGUAAUUAUUGUGAACACUUUGCUUUGUGGUCACUGUAACAUUUUGGGGGGUGGGACAGGGAGGAAAAGUAACAAUAAUAGUCCAUAUGUCCCUGGCAUCUAUUCAGAGCAGUGUGCAGAAUGUAAUGCUCUUUUGUAAGAAACGUUUUAUGAUUUUUAAAAUAAAUUUAGUGAACCUA